AUGAGUACUGGUUCCUCCUCAUGUCCAAUUGACGCGUCCGAGGAAGUGACGGAAGGAUGGAAGCGCAAUGUACUUGAACGUCCCAUAAGCGGGUUCUACAUUAGACUACUCCUGUUACCAGUAGUAGUUCGUUCGACUGCCUAUCGCUCAGUCGUCGGGUUGUCAGCCGAAGAUCACUGCGCCAUUAGCAGUGGCCUAUCUGAAUUCGUUUUCCAUACGAUUCCCAUUCUGUGUGUUCCGAAGUUUCUCGAUGUGACGAUAAUGUUUGACCUGAUCGAGAGAUUCUCUUACUCGCGACAGAAAAAACUUUGAGCUCUUUGAAGACUCAUAUCCGUUAUGCUCGAAGAAAUCAGAAACUGUUUGAUUAAAACACGAGUGCAC